UCUGUUCACUAUAAUCAAGUUUACUGGCCUCAGUGUGAGAGGAGGACUCCGCCUCUGAGCCGGCGCAGUCUUCACGCUGCUGUGUGUUUUAUUAUGAUCAGAGGAAACUGCAGGAAGCUGUUGAACGUGUCGCCGGACAGGAUGGACAUGAAGGGAUUAAAUAUCAUGGCAGCAUUUGAAACCUGACGCAACACAGCUCACUUCCUGCUGAAAGCUAACAGCUAACUAAAGCUGGCUCAGACUGUGUGAGACUGAUGUUGCAACAUUACUGGACAUUAUUUACAGCGUAGUGACAGUUACAUUCAGCUAGUUAGACAAGGACUUCCUCAUAUUUAUUGCAUGUAGCCACAGGCCGCAGGAGACCGGAAGUAGUUCCCUUCUAAAUAAAAGUAAGUUAAGAAAAAUCAUUUGGAGUGACAGAAAAUGCCCAAAAGAUUUUCUUGAGCUACUGCGGUUCAGCUUUCUCAUGUAAGGCCUGAUGUAAGUGUUUACCAGAUGUUUUGCAUUUUAAUUUAGCUGCUAACCACUUAUAAGUGUAUUUUGAAAAGCUGGUUAUUAUUAUUAUUAUUAUUAUUAUUAUUAUUAUUUGGGAUAGCUGAACAUUGUUAGUACUUGUCAUAACCCUGAUAAUCAGUAUGGGCAUCAAAGCAGGUGUGAGCUGCACUGUGUUAUAUGUCCUACUGGACGUUGUCCUCACCACUGUCCUAUACACACAUGGAUCACACUUGAGCAUAUUCAAAGAGGAUGCCCUACACUUCAACAUCCUCCAGUCAUCAUUGGACCUCUGGGGGAUCGUGCUGCUCCGGGCCUCCCUGCUGCUGGGUGCCUCCAUAGGGGUGUCAUGGAACAGAGAGGAUGGCCCCCCCAGGGUCGCUAAACUCACCACCCUGAUUCUCCUAAUCUGCCUGAGCGUCAUCACAUACACCCUGGCCAAGCUGCUGAUGCUGAGCGAGCUGGGGCCUCUGUCCCAGCAGCCCUGGCACCUGAGCCUGAUGUGCUGGACUUGUGUCUCCUCUCUGGGUGUCAUGCUGCUCUGGAGGCUGCUCGGGAAGGAGUCCAUCUCGGUGAGCAGUCAAAGCGGCAGCAGGAGCGGUGAACGAGGACCUUCUGGGGACACCGAGAAGCUGGUGGAGACAGCUGGUGAGGAGGAGCGGGAGGUGGGGUGUGAGAGGAAGAAUAAGAAAGAGGAAGCAACACGGGAGAAGGAGAAGACCAGCUCAGGAGCUACGCUGGGACGUCUGCUGAGCUACUGUAGAAAAGAUGGCGGGCUGUUGUCUGUAGCUGUCCUCUUCCUCAUCAUCUCUGCUGUGUGUGAAGCCUUCAUACCUCUCUACUACGGGAAGGCCAUAGACGGCAUCGUGGUUCACCAGAGCAUGGAGUACUUUGCUAAACCUGUGAUCACACUGUCAGUGCUGGCCUUAGCCAGCUCGAUUGCAAUGGGAGUUCGUGGAGGAGUCUUCACCCUAACGUUUGCCAGAUUAAACGUUCGGCUCAGGAAUCACCUCUUCAGAAACCUGAUGAAACAGGAAAUAGCCUUUUUCGAUGAAAACCAUACAGGUGACAUCAUCUCACGUCUGUCAGCGGACACCACGCAGGUGAGUGACCUCAUCUCCCAGAAUGUCAACGUCUUCCUGAGGAGCACCAUCAAGGGCGCCGGCUUCUUCAUCUUCAUGUUUGGGAUGUGCUGGAAGCUGACACUGGUGACCAUCAUGGGAUUCCCUUUCAUCGCCCUUGUCUCUAAACUUUAUGGCGAGUACUACAAGAAACUGACCAAAGAGGUGCAAACAACCCUCGCAGAGGCCAAUAAAGUUGCAGAAGAAACCAUUUCAGCCAUGAGGACAGUGCGAAGCUUUGCCAAUGAGUGUGGGGAGGCUGACUCCUACUACGCUAAACUCUUAGUCAUGUUCCAGCUCAACAAGAAACAAGCCUUGGCCUAUGCCUGCUACAUGUGGUCCAGUUGUAUCUCAGAGCUUGCUCUAGAGGUGGCUAUCCUCUACUAUGGCGGUUACCUUGUGGUUACUGGUCAGAUGAGUAGCGGUGCCUUGAUAUCUUUUUUCAUAUACAUGCUCGAGCUGGGAGAAUGUCUGGAGAGCAUUGCAUCAGUGUACACGGGCCUCAUGCAGGGAGUGGGAGCUGCUGAGAAGGUUUUUGAGUACCUGGACAGGAAACCCAAACAUCCAGCUGAUGGCACGGAGGCUCCGGACGCAUGCAAUGGUCUGGUGGAAUUUAAAGACGUCACGUUUGCCUACCCGACACGUCCUGAGACUGAUAUUCUCAAGGGAGUGUCAUUCACUCUGCGGCCUGGAGAGGUGACAGCGCUGGUGGGACCUUCAGGCAGUGGAAAGAGCUCCUGUGUGACUCUGCUGGAGAACUUCUACCUGCCUCAGCAAGGCCAAGUGCUGCUGGAUGGAAAACCUGUUCACACCUUCCAACAUGACUACCUCCACUCCAAGGUGUCUCUGGUGGGUCAGGAGCCGGUGCUGUUUGCCCGGACGAUCGAGGAGAACAUCAGCUACGGUCUGACUGACGUCCCCGUGGAAACCGUGCAGCACGCUGCCACCAAGGCCAACGCUCACGACUUCAUCACCAGCCUCCCCAAAGGCUACGAGACCAGUGUCGGAGAGAAGGGCACCCAGCUGUCAGGGGGGCAGAAACAAAGGGUGGCCAUCGCCAGAGCUCUCAUCCGCAACCCUCGUGUUCUUAUCCUGGACGAGGCCACCAGUGCCCUGGAUGCAGAGAGUGAACACAUUGUUCAGCAGGCUUUGAACACCAUCAUACGGGAGCACACGGUGCUGGUGAUCGCACAUCGGCUGAGCACAGUGGAGAAGGCAGACAACAUCAUAGUGAUCGACAGGGGCCAGGUGGCUGAACAGGGGUCCCACAGUCAGCUGAUGGCCAGCGGGGGGCUCUACUACAAACUGGUGCAGAGGCAGGUCCUGGGCAUCGAGACGGGGGCGGAGCUCCUAAACCCGUCCGAAAACCUUCACUGGAAGUCUGAUGGAGGACGGCGGCGGAGCAGACAAAGCAGCGGCAGCAGCGAGUCAGAGUGCAGCGCUCGCUACUGAGAUCCAACCAGAGAGUGGAAAUGCGAUUAUUGGACUGCUGGAUGUUUUUGAGGGUUGAUAGCAUUAUUUUUCAAUUCAAACCACCAAACCAUAGCAGAUAUUUUGUGCAGAUAUCCAAAGUCUGAGAAGAAUUACCUGUGUAGAGUAGAGAAGUCCAGGAUUAUAGUCAAUCUGACCAAAUUGUCAACCAGAUUAUCGUUACUAAAUUAUAAAUAUAGAGUCAAACCUAUCAAAACAUAUCAGAGGGUUGGCAUUUCCAUCUUCAGUAAAACUUGAAUGAAGGGCCAGUAUGAACACUAACUGACAUAUUAGCUUUAAGAAGAGGCACAAUGUUGCCUCUGGUGUACUGUAUACGAUUGUGUUUGUUUGUUUAUUUUUUUAAUACCUCAUCAUCACACUACGGACACAAUCUUAUUUUAUUAAAGUCUUCCUCAGGA